CUGAAAAGUCAGUGCCCACGACGUGUGUAGCCACAGGACUCGCAAGCGGUCUCGCCGAGGGGCUCUCAAGGAUACCGAUCCUGCGACGAGCCUCGUCAGGAUCCAUAGAGGCAAAUGUAUAACUUCGACAUAUAUUCCAUAGCCAGCGCAGUCCCAAGCACGUUGAUGGGCUCGUUGACGGACAUGGACAUCUUCGCAAUAUUCAACCGGACAGCGAAACCUCAUUUCACCUACUUUGUAUACGCCAUCGAGCGUCAGAUCUAUCUCUACACUUUCUGCAGCGUAACUGUGUAUCUAGCCUUUGUCAUUUUGUUUUCGUACGUCGCAACGGUGACUGUACACAUGCUCAUCAUAUUGUUUGGGCGAAAGUGGACCAGCAGGGCAUGGCCGGGCCUGGGCGAGUUCCUUGUUCUCACCCUUCAUUCCCCACCCUGUGUUACGCCUAUGGGUGCGGACAUACUCACUGGGAGUGGUGGUGUUGACUCGGCUAAGACCUGGACACUACAGGCCACAGUUCGAAAGUUAGGUCAUGGCAAUCGGAUUGGCUUAAUAGUAGAAAAGCCCAACUGGCGCGAUGAUGACAACGGUAAUAACCUUGUACGGAAUCGUGUUCGUCUAGACUGGGCUUUAUCUUUCAGUUAUUAUGAACAAUAAUAUAUCUUUUUUAUUCUUAAAAUAAAAAAGGGAUACGUUGAGGAAGAGGAACCCGAAGGGA